AUGGCCGAGCCGGCUCCGGUAAGGAUGACAUUUGAUGAUGUGGCCUUGUAUUUUUCGGAGCAAGAGUGGGAGAUCCUGGAGAAGUGGCAGAAGGAAAUGUAUCAGCAAGUGAUGAAGACCAAUUAUGAGAUUCUUGAUUCCCUGGGUGGCGUUUUUUCCAAGCCAGAUUUGAUCUCCUGGAUAGAACAAGGGAGAAUGCUGUUAAUCAGAGACCAGGGACCCUUGGAGAAAAACAUGACACUUAGCCCUUCUACUGAUGAGCAGUGGGACUUGCAGAAGACUGGAAAGUUGGCGUAUUUUGGUGACCAAGGAACUCUCAGGGCAAAAGAGGAGGAAGGCCAUUUAAAUGGUCUCCUAAAGCAGGGUUCAUGUGCUACCUUACCAGGGGAGGAAAGAAAGAUUUUAUCAGAUCAAAGAGCCGCCUUGCAGCAUCCAAGUCUCCAAGAAAUAGGGAUUGUACAUAAAAACCUCGACCUUAGAGCAUCUAAUCAGGAUAAGAGCAAUCCAUGGCAUAAGCUGGUAGAUACUCCAGGUCACUUGGAAAUUCCACCAGGACCAAGAUUUUAUUCCUGCUUUGUCUGUGGGAAGGUCUUUCAGCUAAAGAGGGACUUGGUAAAGCACAAAAGAAACCACGCUAAGAGCCAGCCCUGUAAAUAUUCAAAGCACAAAAACAAAUCCAGAGGGAACCCUGAACUCAGGUGGAACCGGAUGAUCCUGUGUAAGAAGAAGCGUUUCCAGUGUGGCAAGUGUGAGAAGAGCUACUAUCUCAAAUGCAGCCUAAUCACUCACCACCAGGUUGUUCACACGGGGCAGCGGCCCUUUCCGUGCCCUGAAUGUGACAAGACCUUCCAGUGUAAAGCCACAUUGAAGAAGCAUCUGUGUUUGCACAAAAGGGAGAAACCAUUUUCCUGUGAGCAGUGUGGCAAGGGUUUCACCGAGCAAUGCAAGCUCACUGAGCACCUCAGGGUGCACACUGGGGAGAAGCCUUUCCAAUGUCCAGAGUGCAACAGAAGCUUCCGCCAGCAGAGGAGUUUGAAGGCCCAUCUUUGCCAACACAAUGAGAAGAAGCCCUUCCAUUGUCCAGAAUGUGGCAGAAGCUUCUCCCGGAAGGCUGCCGUGAAGGCCCACCAGAGGAUACACAGUGGAGAGAAGCCGUUUUCUUGUGACGAAUGUGGUAGGAAAUUCACACACAAGACGAAACUCACUGAACAUAUCAGAGUUCAUACGGGAGAGAAGCCCUUCCAGUGUCCCGAGUGUAAGAAAAGUUUCCGCCUAAAGAGGAGCCUAAAAGCCCAUCUGUUUCAGCACAGUGGGAAGAAACCCUUCCAGUGUCCAGAGUGUGACAGGAGCUUCUCUUGGAAGAAUGCCAUGAAGGCCCACCAGCGUUUACAUAGUGAGGAGAAGCCAUUCUCCUGUGGGGAGUGUGGCAAGAGGUUCACCCGGCCCUCUAAGCUCACUCGCCAUAGCAGAGUCCACAACAGGCAAAAGGAAUUCUCCUGUGACGAGUGCAAAAAGACCUUUCCUCGGCAGUCGAGGCUCACAGAGCACCUCAAGGUCCACACCAAAGAAAAGCCAUUCUCCUGUUCUGAGUGCAGCCGGAGCUUCAGCCGACACUCGCACCUCACUGAGCACAUGAGACUUCACAGUGGGGAGGAGCCUUUCCAGUGUCCUGAGUGUGACAAGAGCUUUUUCUGGAAGGCCUCCAUGAAAUUCCACCAGCGGAUACACAGGGGCGAGAAGCCCUUUGCAUGUGGCGAGUGUGGUAAGACCUAUACUCAGCAGUCUCAGCUCACUGAACAUAAGAGAAUCCACAGUGGAGAGAAACCCUUCCAGUGUCCUGAGUGCAAUAAAAGUUUCCGUCUCAAAGGAAAUUUGAAGAGCCACCUGCUCCAGCACAGUGACAAAAAGCCAUUCUCCUGUGUUAAAUGUGGCAAAAGUUUCACUCAGCAGUACAGGCUCACUGAACACAUUCGAGUUCAUAGUGGUGAGAAGCCCUUCCAGUGUCCCGAGUGUGACAAGAGCUACUGCAUAAGGGGAAGUUUGAAGGUCCACUUGCAUACGCAUAGUGGAGAGAAGCCCUUCAGGUGCUCUGAAUGUGGCAAGGGGUUCCUCCAGAAGAGAAGUUUGAAGACCCAUCUGCACCAUCACAGAGGGGAGAGGCCUUUUUCUUGUGAUGAGUGUGGAAGGAGCUUUACGUACAUGGGGGCACUCAACACCCAUGUUGCGGUACAUGCCAGGGAAAAGCCCUUCAGUGUCUAG